ACCUUCCUUGUCUCCUACAGUCAUCGUCUGCCUUAUACCCCUCCUUGCGAUAGGCUUCUGUCGCCCAUGAUGGCGUCGACGUGUCUGAAGAAUGCCUCUGUGACGAGCCACAGACUCACUUCAGGCCAUCCUCGCUUCAUAUCAAUCACAUUGGGUCAGGCAGUGAAGCUCUUGCACUCCUCUUCCCGCACCCGCUUCCACGACAAGAACGCCCAUCAGAAGACGCUCAACCUGCCUUCAACUCCGUUUGACAUUCGAGCAAAUGCCGACAAGCGGGAGCCCUUGUUCCGACGCAGGACCACAGAAGCCUUGUACAAGUGGCAGAAGGAAGAGCACAAGGGCAAGCCAUCCUGGUACUUCCACGAUGGCCCUCCUUACGCCAAUGGCAGUCUGCAUAUGGGACACCUCAUGAACAAGGUACUGAAAGACAUUGUCAAUCGGUACCACUUGCUCCGAGGCAAGCGUGUCUUCUUCACACCUGGCUGGGAUACGCACGGUCUGCCCAUCGAGCUCAAGGUGACGGGUAGUCCAGAGAUGAGAGGCAGGUCGGCCUUCAAUACCGAGCCUCAGCUCAUUCGGAAGCUGGCCAGGACUUAUGCCGGCAAGGAGAUUGAGAGGCAGAAGGCAGAGUUCAAAGAGCUCGCUCUUCUAGCAGAUUGGUCAGACGACACAUACCAGACCUACGAUUCUGAAUACGAGAUGAAACAGCUGGAGGUCAUUGCAGAAUUGGCCAACAAGGGACUCAUCUAUCACGCCUUGAAGCCUGUUCACUUCUCACCACAAACGAGGACUGCUUUAGCAGACGCUGAACUCGAAUACAGGGACAACCACAUGUCUCGCUCUGUUUUUGUUCCUUUUGGCCUUCAAGCCGGGCCAACCCUCAAAAGCAAGCUCACUUAUAAGAGCGAUCUCGACAGAGUGGCAGAAGGAAAGGCAGUCGACUUUGAGGCUGUGAUAUGGACAACAACCCCCUGGUCGCUUCCGGGCAAUAUGGCUCUCGCCGUCAAUCCCGAAAUGAAGUACUGCAUCGUGCAGCCCAAGGAAGGCACACCCGCCUUUCGGCAGAGAAAAUUUAUUGUUGCGCUAGAUCGAGUCAGCUACCUUUCGAGACGCAAGCUGGGCCUCGAUGGGCCAGGCGGCUCUCAACGCCCUACCGUCGGGGAGCUGGAAGUGACAAGCAUCUUUGAUGGAGCGGAUCUCCUCGACAGUACCUACAUCCACCCCUUUCACCUUCGAACGAGCCCUCCUCGGCCAAUCUUGCCGGCGGACUACGUUACAGCCGAGUCCGGAACUGGGCUUGUCCACACUGCACCUGCUCAUGGGAUGGAGGAUUACCAACUCUGCCUUCGCCAUGGCCUCAUCGGCGAUGCGUCUGCUCCAGAGCUUCUCUCGCCCAUCAGCGACAGCGGUCGCUUCACAGAUCAGCUGACCGAAAUCCAACCUGAUGCGAAGAGCCUCGUUGGAUCCAAAGCCCUUGGUGAGGGUUCCGUCUUGCUGGUGCAUUGGCUCGAGGAGCGAGGGUAUCUCCUCUGCGAGCUUCCUUUGCAACAUCGGUACGCUUACGACUGGCGCUCCAAAACACCAGUCAUGAUGAGAGCUACACCGCAAUGGUUCAUAGAUGUCUCGAGUCUGAAGGAGAAGGCACAAGAGGCGCUUGAGAAUGUCAACUUCGUCCCGCCCUCGUCCCGAGCCAGGCUGGAAAAGACAAUUUCAGCUCGUAAUGAGUGGUGCAUCUCGAGGCAACGAGUCUGGGGUGUGCCCAUCCCAGUAGUGUAUGACAAGGACACGGGCAAGCCACUGCUCACAGCGGAGAAUGUGAAACAUAUCAUUUCCAUUCUGCGCGAAAAGGGUACAGACUACUGGUGGGAAGGGCAGCCAGAGGAAUUCGUCGCUCCCCAAUACAGGGGCGCUGAUAAGCAGUGGAGAGUAGGGACAGAUACCAUCGACGUCUGGUUCGAUUCGGGUGUCAGCUGGGCAGCUGCGCACGCGUCUCCUGCCGCUGUGGGCGAAGGCAACGAGCGCAUCGCUGACCUAGUGGUAGAGGGAACCGAUCAGCACCGAGGUUGGUUUCAGUCAUCUCUCUUGACUAAGCUCGCCUUCUCAGCUGAGGGCGAAGCACCGCAAGCCCCCUACAAGACAAUUGCCACGCAUGGGUACGUCCUGAAUCGUCGUCACGAGAAGAUGUCCAAGUCACUUGGCAACUUCAUUGACCCGAUGGUUCUGCUGAAAGGUGGAGCCAAGAAGAGCGAGCCUGCCUGGGGAGCGGACACUCUUCGGCUGUGGGUAGCAAAAUCAUAUGCCUGGGAAUCAGACGUCAACAUCUCUCAAUUGCAGGCAAAGCAUGCGAACGAGGACCUUCGCAAGUUGAGGAAUACAGCUAGAUUUAUGCUUGCCAAUCUUCCGUCGCGAGAUCAGACGCCUUCUCUGAAAGACGCGGCCGUUCAGAAGGGCCUCACUCUCCUAGAUCGAUUCAUUCUGGCGGAGCUGCAUGGUCUUGAUGUCUCCUGUCGAGCUGCGUACGAGGAGCUGAACUACGCUGGAGUGGUACGCCGCUUGAGCGAAUUCAUGAACACUACCCUCUCCACCCUCUACUUCUCCAUCAUCAAAGACAACCUCUACGCCAACAACGUCGACGACCCUAAGCGCCAGGCAGCAGUCGCCGUCUGCGACCAGAUUCUCCGUACGACCGUCUCGAUCCUGGCACCUGUCGUGCCUCAUCUGGCAGAGGAGAUCUGGUACUACCGAGGCGACGCUGUGCGCGAUCCGCCUGCCGAAGUUGACCUCAGCGCUCCGCGUGAGCAGAGCUUCUUUGAGUCGGGCUGGCAGCAAGUCGGCGAGAAGUGGGACGAUCCCGAUGCAGUGCGGGACUGGCGGAAGAUGCAGAAGCUCCGGAAUGAGCUGUUGAGUCUCAUCGAGGAGGCCAGGCAGGACAAGUUGUGCAAGUCGGGCGUGGAGCUGGAAGUCUUCCUCUCUCUGCCUGCAGAAGAAGGACAAAGAACGGAUCAAGCUUCGCAAGAGUUGAUGAAGCUGUGCAAAGAGUACGAAGUAGAUUUACCCGACUUCCUCGGCGCUGCACAUGUACACUUGACGACUUCUCCACCUGCCAUCAGGCUGGAUGAGGCGGGCAAGAAGAUCUGGUACUUGACCAGGAGCCUGCACAGCAGUAGUACCGUAGCUCCAGCGCCAGUUCCAGCGGCGGAACACAGUGCUUCCCUGGACGAGUUCGAGGCUCUCGUUGAAGGUGCUACGUCCCAUUCGGACAGCGAUGCGUCGCAAGACGCACAAGUCAUCGCGCCUGCACAAAUUCAACUAACCAUUCGUCCGGCGCCGGGAGCACGAUGCCCACGAUGCUGGAUCCAUCGUGCUCCUUCGCCCAUCCUGGCGUGCGAUCGUUGUCUGGGUGUUAUGCACAAGAAGGAGGUGGCCUUUGCGAAUAAUGCGACAUACCUUGCUCAGGCUGGCGGAGGAAGGCAGAAGGAAGGUGAUGCAGAGGGAGAAGCUGUCUUAGGGUCGAUGGAAGAGAGGGAGCAGGAGCAGAAGUAGACUUGAAAAGAAUUCCGUACAUGCUGGGCAAAUGCCAAAGCUCGUGUCACACUCCACCGCUCUAGAUUGUACUAUGACAUUGUAGAAAUACAGCCGCAAAGAAGGCGGAAUUGACCUAGUACAACGCCGUGACCAUCUGUCUAUCUUCUAUAUCGCAUCUAUAUCGCCUCAUAUCUGACCUGACAUUACACAUCUAGAUAGCUCAUCGCUCCACUUUCUCCUACAACCGUGCUCUAGCAGCUACUUAAUUCUCAUGUAUCAAAAUCG